AUGGAAGCUAUUUCUUUGAAGAAUGCGAUUGGUCCAACGGUAGCAAAUUUCAUCAAGAAAAACAUCAUUUGUAGGUUUGGCAUACCUAGACGUAUUCUUUCAGAUAAUAGUGCUCCAUUCAUUAAUGCCAAUGUAAGUGAAUUACUUACCUUUUACGAUGUGGAUCAUGUGAAGUCGACUCCUUACUACUUGAAAGGAAAUGGUCAAGCUAAAGCUACUAACAAGACUUUACUCAAAGUGCUUAGUAGAAUGGUGCAUGAAGAACAAAAAAUGUGGCAUGACGCACUUCUAGUAGCAUUAUGGGCAUAUAAGACUUCCAAGAGUGGACCUACGAAGGCAACUCUUUUUUCACUAGUAUAUGGGACAGAGGUUGUACUACUUGUGAAAAUUCUAGUUCCAUCUACGAGAUUAGUCUUAGACGUUGAACUUGAUAAUGACACUUUAUAA